UCCCGGACCGGGGCACGAACCUGUGUCCCCUGCAUCGGCAGGCGGACUCUCAACCUCUGCGCCACCAGGGAAGCCCUUCUUGACAAUUUUUUAAGGGUCUAUGAUGUGUCAGGUGUCCCUCCAGGAACAUGUAGUAAGCCAGACAGGCGUGGUAGAGCUCUGAAAAGGAGCACAGACAGUAAAUGAUAAAGAGGACAAUUUAGACAGUGCUAAGUGAUAUACAAAGUGAGAGGGAGAGUUGAGGUACAGAGUUGGAUUGGAACCACGGGAGAUGAAGAGGUAACAUUUGGGCUAAACCUGAACGGUGAUAAGGGGUUGAGCAGGUGAAUGAAGAUCUGAAGAAAAACAUUCCAGGCAGAGGGAACAGCUUGUGCAAAUCAUCUGGGGUGGGAUAUGGUCAGAUCUUGAAUGCUGCAUUUCCCCUUUUUUGUUUUUCUCCAUCUCUGUGUUUACCUGUUUUAUAUGGACUUUUAUAAUACCUUCCCUCCCAUGAGAUCUAUCUGAUUUUAUGGAUCUGGAGGAAGACAACCAGCUUGAAGAGGUCUGGACCUACGUGGCUUCUUCAAGUCCUGAGCCUCUGGGAGCCCAAGGUCUUCUCUCAGAGGCCACUGCACUCUUUCCAGCAGAAGAGGAAAACAUUGCUUCAUGGGAAGGAAAAGGACAAAAGGAUGGGGACAGUUCAAGGCCCCAGAACAGAUGCAGCUGAACCCAGGGUCAAGGAGAGGAGAUGCACAGGCGUGUGGAACCCAAAACUCAGGAAAGCAGACAUAUCAUUUUCUUCCAACAAAUCAACUCACUCCCUGUUCCCUCCAAUGUGAAGCAGCUGCAGCACCCUGGCCCUGCCCAGGUGUCUGUGUAAGAGACUUUCCUUCAGGUAAAUUCUACUCCGACUUGUACCAACUUGUUUUUGACUGACAGUGCACAGCGAGAGCGUUUUCUCCAUUCUGAGAGAACCUGAAGACCUAGGCUUCCCAAGGCGACCUGCGUGGAGGACUCAUCUCCUCGCCUUUUCAUAACCUCGCAUCUAACCAGGCGCCUGCAUUCACCAGUCCUCGCAGAGACGCGGGGCAGCCCACUGACUUCCUUCCUGACUCUGCUUCAGAGUCCAGGGAUGUUUGCGGAGAGUAUUUGCCUGGUGGACGCAUCAGAAUCUUAGGACCAGCACAGGAGUCUGCAGAAUGAACCGUAAGCAUGCUAGAGCUGCUGAUGACAAGCUCCUGGGAAGGCUUGUUUAAGGCAUAUAAAGCUCCCUAGUCAUGCCUUUCAGCCUUUACUCUGUAAGGAAUUCAGCUACCGUCUUCUCCCCUGCAACCAUUCAAGCACUUCACGCCAGAGUAAAUCAGUUCAGAGGAGGUAAUAUUCAACCUGCCCUUUGAAGAACAGGUGGAAUUUGACGGAGAAGGAAACAGCAGGACAAGCACCCUCAGGAAGGAGCAGCUGCUGGUCAUGGAGCCAUGAACACAUUGAGCAGUCGGGAAAAGGAAGUAGAAGAAUCCUAUGGUAGCCAGGUGGGCGAAGGGGAGCAAGGACGAUACACCUGCUUUGAAGAAGCCGCCAUUUGACCUGCCGAGUGAGUGACCAGGUGGUCCCAAGGCCUGACCAUGGAACGGAUUAACAUCAGUAUGGCCAGUGCUACCCUGGUGAAGCACACAGCUGGAGCUGGCCUCAAGGCCAGCAGACCCCGAGUCAUGUCCAAGAGUGGGCACAGCAAUGUGAGAAUCGACAAAGUGGAUGGCAUAUACUUGCUCUACCUCCAAGACUUGUGGACCACCGUCAUCGACAUGAAGUGGAGAUACAAGCUCACCCUGUUUGCUGCCACGUUCGUGAUGACGUGGUUCCUUUUUGGUGUGAUCUACUAUGCCAUUGCCUUCAUUCAUGGGGACUUAGAACCCAGGGAGCACACUUCAAAUCACACCCCCUGCAUCAUGAAGGUGGACUCGCUCACGGGGGCAUUUCUCUUUUCCCUGGAAUCCCAGACAACCAUCGGCUAUGGAGUCCGUUCCAUCACGGAGGAAUGCCCUCAUGCCAUCUUCCUCUUGGUGGCUCAGCUGGUCAUCACCACCUUGAUUGAGAUCUUCAUCACGGGCACCUUCCUGGCCAAAAUUGCGAGACCCAAAAAGCGGGCAGAGACCAUCAAGUUCAGCCACUGUGCUGUCAUCACCAAGCAGAACGGGAAGCUGUGCUUGGUGAUCCAGGUGGCCAACAUGAGGAAGAGUCUCCUGAUUCAGUGCCAGCUCUCGGGAAAGCUCCUCCAGACCCAUGUCACCAAGGAGGGGGAGCGAAUCCUCCUCAACCAGGCCACCGUCAAAUUCCAUGUGGACUCCUCUUCCGAGAGCCCUUUCCUCAUCUUGCCCAUGACAUUCUACCACGUGCUGGAUGAGACGAGCCCCCUGAGAGAUCUCACCCCCCAAAACCUUAAGCAGAAGGAGUUUGAGCUGGUGGUCCUCCUGAACGCCACGGUGGAGUCCACCAGCGCUGUCUGCCAGAGCCGCACCUCUUACAUCCCAGAGGAGAUCUACUGGGGUUUUGAGUUUGUGCCUGUGGUUUCUCUCUCAAAAACCGGCAAGUACGUGGCUGAUUUCAGUCAGUUUGAACAGAUCCGGAAGAGCCCAGAUUGCACCUUUUACUGCACGGAUUCUGAGAAGCAGAAACUUGAGGAGAAGUACAGGCAGGAAGAUCAGAGGGAAAGAGAGCUGAGAACACUUUUGUUGCAACAGAGCAACGUCUGACGGCAGUGGUGUUGCCUCGACUUAACUCUGAGCUGCUUCCACAUCUGAGCUCCCUUCAAACCCAGAGGUCACCGGGAAAACAAAAACGUGUGGACGCACUCUGAAAAACUGCACAGAUAUACAGACCUGGUCCUUUGAUCUGGUGUCUAAACAAGCAUUCCACAUCUGGGAGGGUUCCCUUUUUAAAUGCUUUGUGUGAACCAAACUCCCCAAAUUCAAAUUUUCUAAAAGGGGGCUGCAUUUCAAAGAACUUGGUGGAGGCUACUUGAAACAAUCUGGAUGGACAGAUAUUUCACAAUGCUGGUAUUGAAAGGAAAUGCAUUUCCAUACAAGGAUGUCAGCUAUAAUAAAAUGUAUUUAUUCAAUCCAAGUAUCAAAGAGGAGAUGGCCGAGAGCUGAAAUGUGGUUCAGUACCCACUUAUAUCAUUGCUCUAAAACACACUCAUUUUUUCAAGCAGAGAAAAAGGUAUUUAUAAUGAAGGCUAUCUGGUAAUACAUAAAAAGGGGCAAAGGGACUCUGAACUCACAAAAUAUGAUAAUUCUGUUUUUACCUUUUUCGGUGAAUGUAAUUGUACAGAGUGAAAUUGAUCAAAUCAGGAAUGCAUCGUUGUGAAUACAUGUACAGAUGGAGCUGAUGUGAUUGUUCACACUCAUUUGUUUUGGUUGGAAUGUACUAGCCCCUUUCUAUUCAAAAUGGGUUCACAGACCAGCAGUAUCAACAGCAUCCAGGAGCUUAUUAGUAAUUUCGCUCCAGCUGGACUUAGAGAAUCCGAGGCUGUAUCUUAACAGGACCCACAAGUCAUUCACGUAAAAAUGAAAGUUUUAAAACUUCACUCUGGACAAUGUUUUCAAAGUAACUUUCUGAAGCCAGGGGACUCUGUGGGUCCCACAUCCCCAGUUCUUUAUUAUGGACAAAUAUUCCUUUCAGUGAUUUCAUUCCUUAUUAAAAUACCUUGUCCACAAAGGAACUGCCACAGGUAUUUCAAGAACGGAAUAAGACCGUUGAGAAUAAUGGCUGUCUCUCUCAAGCUAAGUACAUGCUUGUUGAUUACAGUGAACACAAAAGAAACAUUCAGCUCCAUAACAAUCAGAAAUGUGCUCCUAUAUUGAAGUCCAGUCCGUGAGGUUGAAUGGGACUCCGAGGAACAAGUGGAGCUGAGGAUAAGGAAUUCAAACACAGACGAUUCCUUGAAGCAGGAACAAAAUUUGAUACUCUGAUAACAUGUAAAAGAUGCCCUCAGUAUUGAAACAAAUCUCAUACAACUCAGUGUUACACAGGAAACGUUUGGAUUUUGGCAGAAUUUAGAGCGUUUAUUUGGGGCAGAGAAUAAAUGGGCUAGGAUUGGCUAAAUGUGCAAAAGGUGAAUUCUCAUUUCAUUCAAACCAGGACAGAUUUGUACAUUCACUCAAGAAGAAUGUGACUUUGAGUGUGUAGACACGGCAUGGACGUACACACGAGCCCACAUAUAUGGAUACACUGACCAGACCUGCGAGCGCGCACACCACAUGCACGCACACACACAGAGGCAUGCUCGUCCUGGCUUUUCCAUCACAACUGUGGAAAUUAUCCAUGAAGACAUUUGUGAUUAAGAGAGCAAGUCCUGGGCAAGUGUGCUCAUGUAUAUUUUAUUCUAUAAGAAUGGGAACACUGGGGCAAGUAAUCUGGAUUCAGAUUAUCUGUGAAAUGGUGUCAUAUCAUGAUGUUCCCACAUUUCAAGUCUCCUUCCAUUAAACAGAAAAUGUGGCUAAAACCUCUGACCCAGAACUGAACCUUUAAUGCAGCUGUAAAAAUCAUGGGGUUGAAGCUGUAAAAGUUUAAAAUACAGGGCUUCCAUGGUGGCGCAGUGGUAAAGAACCCACCUGCCAAUACAGAGCACACGGGUUCGAGCCCUAGUCCGGGAAGAUCAUA